AUGAAGCCCGCGCUGCUUCUCCAGCUCCUGUUGUUGACUCACUUAGCACCACAGCUGCUGGUGUCUGGGAGUCCCAAGCAACAUUUUAUGAGAUAUAUCUUGGAACCUCCACCCUGCAGAUCGGACCCUGAAAACUGUACUCAUUUCUGCACAUUGCAGGAAGAUUGCCACCGCGGGUUUCAGUGCUGUUCUGCCUUCUGUGGGAUAGUCUGUACACUGAACAAAAAUACAAGCCGCAAAAGGUAAGGGGCCCCUCGUGCCCAGUCCCUGGCCUUAGGGCU